AUGUGGAUCGUCAACUGGUUCUACGACAUUCUGGCCUCGCUUGGUCUGUUGAACAAGCACGCCAAGCUUCUUUUCCUCGGUCUCGACAAUGCUGGCAAGACCACCCUGCUUCACAUGCUGAAGAAUGACCGUGUGGCCGUGCUAUCCCCGACUGCCCACCCCACAUCCGAGGAAUUGGCGAUUGGUAACAACCGCUUCACCACCUUCGAUCUCGGUGGUCACCAGCAGGCUCGCCGUCUGUGGAAGGAUUACUUCCCCGAGGUGAGCGGCAUCGUCUUCCUUGUCGAUGCCAAGGACUAUGAACGUUUCCCUGAGUCCAAGGCCGAACUUGACGCUCUUCUCGCCAUGGAGGACCUCGCCAAGGUUCCCUUCCUCGUCCUCGGAAACAAGAUCGACCACCCCGACGCUGUAUCGGAGGAUGAGCUGCGCCACCAGCUCGGUCUGUACCAGACCACUGGCAAGGGCAAGGUCCCUCUUGAGGGUAUCCGGCCCAUUGAAUUGUUCAUGUGCAGUGUUGUGAUGCGACAGGGAUACGGCGAGGGUAUUCGCUGGCUGUCUCAAUAUGUCUAA